AUGCAACCAAUGCAAUCCCUUGAGUUCUACUUCAAAAGCAGUGAGUACCCCAAGAGUUCCAAGAUACAAACUAAGUGCUUUGUGACCAAGACAGUAAAGCUCAUCAAGGGUAAGCCUGAGGCUGAAUGGUUCACAAGCCAUCCUCAGUUUCGACAUUUCUUCCACAUGCCAGACGAAGAUAACCUAAAGAUCCAGGGGAUGUGGAUGUUACUCUUGCGCAACAUCUGUACUCCAGAAGAUGAUGUUGCAUGGUUUGCGGUUAGUGGUGUACCCAUCCGCUAUUCUAUGAGCGAGCAUGCCCUCAUCUCUGGCUUAGACUGCGGUGAUUAUCCACCAAACUACGAGAAUUUGGGGGGUUAUAAGUUUGUAGAUUAUUACUUCCAUGACAGAAAGAAGAUUACCAUCAGUGAUGUGAAGCAGAAGAUGUUGUCUAUGCUGCCGUGUCCAGAUAGAUUGAAGAUAACUGGUCGUCUAACAUUUAAGGAUGCAAUAAAGGAGAUUAAGCACGUGAUGAACCAUCUAAAGGGUGAAGUGAAAGAGGCAUGCGUCUUUCCUAGUUUCAUAAUCCCUUUAGAGGUUAUCAACAGUGUGUUAGUUCCAACUAUUGGUGAGCAAAUUAUGCUGGCUCGUAUCAUUGAUGAGGAGCGAGAGUAUGACCGUCAGGGCAUCCCAAAUUCGAGGUUGCAAGGUCUGAAAGAGAGGAUUUUGGAGUUCAUGGGAGAAGGAUUUGUUGGACUUCACGUAACGGUGGAGACAAAGCUGAAGUCUCCAGGCUCAAGGAUGAGUGAUAUUGAAAAGAACCAGCGGCUUUUGAGAAGAAGGGCUAAGAAAAUAGAAGACAGACUAACUUCUAUUGAGAAGAAGGACAAAUCUAAUGUUGAGCAAGAGGCUGGGAAAGAGAAGAAUAACAUCGAGAAUACUGAGCAAGAGGCUGAGAGAAAAAAUGAAAACAGUGAUGAAGAAGAAACUGAAGAGAAAGAGGCUGAUGACAAUGCUCAGCAAGAAGGUGAGAAAGAGAAAGAAAAUAUCGAGGCUGAUGAGCAAGACAAGGAAGACAGUGAGAGUGAGAGUGAGACUGAUGAGUUGAAGCAAUUGAAGGAGAGAAGUAGAGCACAAGCUGAUAAACUGUGGAAGGAAAUUGAAGCGGAUGAAGAAGAGAUUGGAGGGAAACAUGAUGAAGAAGAAGGUGAAGAGAAAGAGGCUGAAACCAGUGAGGAAGAGAAGGAGAACAGUGAUGAUGAUAAGAAAGUUGAAGAAAAAGUGGUGGAAUCUGAGGCUGAAGGCAAAGAUGAUCAAGCAGAGGUUGAAGGGAAAGAGUCUGAAACCAGGGAGCAAGAAAAUGAGAAAAGUGAGACUGAUGAGGUGGAAUCUGAGGUUCGGGAGGCAAAGAUAGAAAAAGGAACUCUGACACCACCACGUGGGAAUCAGACAGAAGGAACUCCCAAAGAUGAUCACAAUGAGCCUCGGGUUGAGACGAAUAGAACCGAUGAAACUCCAACACCACCACGUGGGAAUCAGAUGGAGGGAACUCCCACACCACCACGUGGUAGGACUAAGGCAAUGGCAGCGAGGAGACUAGUGACAAAGCAUAUGGAGGAAAAACCUGGAAAAUGUGAGAAAAUUGGGGAAAUUGUUGAGGAAUAUGCUGAGGAAGAAAAGCAAAGGUGGAUCAUGGUCGGUUACAAGGAAGCACCGAGUCCUUGGAUCAUGUAUAGGUGCAAGGAGAAUGCCGAUGUUGUUAUACCUAAGAAGAAUGGCAGACCAAAGAGGAAAUCACAGUUUGGAAAACUAAGUUUACAGAUGUUACUAUGCCCAAAAAUGAGUAAAAUGGACAACUAG